CAAACCCCCUUUUGUGCACAAUCAUUAUAGUGAAAGAGAAGAGAAUGAUGAAAAGACAGAUAAGAAGAAGAAGAAGAAGAAGGAAAAGGAGGCGAAGGAGCCCAUGGUUGGCCCAUUCUCCGUGUUAAGGUUUGCAGACAGCUUGGACAUUCUCAUGCUUUUAGUCGGGACUGUGAUGGCGAUAGCCAAUGGGGUGGUGCUUCCUCUCAUGUGUAUCGUCUUUGGAGACAUGACAGACAGUCUUGUUAACAGUGCAACCCCCCCCAAUUUCACCUUCUCAGAAAACAUGACCAACCCAUUAGAAGAGGAAAUGACGACGUUUGCCAUCUACUAUUCCAUCCUGGGAGCCGUCGUGCUGGUUGCGGCCUACCUCCAGGUGUCUCUCUGGACUCUGGCUGCCGGGCGGCAGGUUAAACGCAUCCGCAAGUUGUUUUUCCACAGAAUCAUGCAGCAGGACAUCGGCUGGUUUGAUGUGAACGAAACAGGAGAGCUCAACACACGACUAACAGAUGAUGUCUACAAGAUCCAGGAGGGAAUUGGUGACAAGGUGGGGAUGUUGAUCCAAAGUUUUAGUAGCUUUAUCGCAGCUUUCGUCAUCGGUUUUACCAAAGGAUGGAAACUGACUCUCGUCAUCCUGGCUGUGAGCCCAGCUCUGGGGAUCUCAGCUGCACUUUUCAGUAAGUUGCUGACAAACUUCACUACCAAAGAACAGAGUGCAUAUGCCAAAGCUGGUGCUGUUGCAGAAGAAGUCCUCUCUGCCAUCAGGACGGUGUUCGCCUUCAGUGGUCAAAAGAAGGAGAUUGAGAGAUAUCACAAGAACUUGGAAGAUGCUAAAACGAUGGGAAUAAGGAAGGCAGUCUCUGCUAACAUCGCCAUGGGAUUCACCUUUCUGAUGAUCUACCUGUCUUAUGCUCUGGCCUUUUGGUAUGGCAGCACCCUAAUCCUGAGUGGGGAAUACACCAUUGGAUCUGUGCUCACAGUAUUUUUUGUUGUGAUCAUUGGAGUGUUUGCAAUGGGGCAAACGUCUCCCAACAUUCAGACGUUUGCUAGUGCCCGCGGAGAUGCCUAUAAGGUGUACAACAUCAUCGAUCAUAAUCCAACUAUCGACAGUUAUUCAGAGACUGGGUUUAAGCCGGACCUGAUCAAAGGAAACAUAGAGUUCAAUAACAUCCACUUUAGCUACCCGUCCAGGCCUGAUGUCACGAUAUUAGACCAAAUGUGCUUAAGUGUGAGCAGUGGACAGACCAUGGCGUUGGUUGGUAGCAGUGGAUGUGGUAAAAGCACUACGAUCCAGCUGCUGCAGAGGUUCUACGAUCCUCAGGAAGGAUCUGUAUCUAUUGAUGGCCAUGACAUCCGCUCUCUUAACGUUCGCUACCUCAGGGAACUGAUAGGGGUGGUGAGCCAGGAGCCCAUCCUUUUCGCCACCACCAUCUCCGAGAACAUCCGCUACGGCAGACCUGACGUGACACAAGAGGAGAUUGAAACUGCUACCAAGGAGGCCAACGCUUACAACUUCAUCAUGAACCUUCCUGAUAAAUUUGAGACACUUGUUGGUGACAGAGGAACUCAGAUGAGCGGAGGCCAGAAGCAGAGGAUUGCAAUUGCUAGAGCAUUGGUCCGCAAACCCAAAAUCCUUUUAUUGGAUGAAGCAACGUCUGCACUGGAUGCUGAGAGUGAGACCAUUGUGCAAGCUGCGCUAGAUAAGGUGCGUCUGGGUCGUACCACUCUGGUUGUGGCUCACCGCCUCUCCACAAUCAGAAAUGCUGAUGUGAUUGCAGGCUUCCAGAAAGGUAAAGUUGUAGAACUGGGCACUCACAGUGAGUUGAUGGACAAAAAAGGAGUCUACCACACGCUGGUCACCAUGCAGACCUUCCAGAAAGCGGAGGAGGGGGAAGAUGAGGACGAGCUGUCAGCAGGUGAAAAAAGUCCCAUUAAAGACAUCAUGGAGUCUCCUCUGCUGAGGAGGAAAUCUACAAGAGGCUCUUCAUUCGCUGCUUCGACUGGAGAGAAGGGAGAGAAAAAGCUAAAGGAUGAGGAGGACAAUUUGGACGAGGAAGAAGACGUCCCCAUGGUGUCGUUGUUUAGGGUGCUGCUUCUCAAUGCUUCUGAGUGGCCUUAUAUUUUAGUAGGGCUGAUUUGUGCCAUCAUAAAUGGAGCGAUACAACCUCUCUUUGCCGUCCUCUUCUCCAAGAUUAUCACUGUGUUUGCGGAGACAGAUCAGGACCUUGUCAGAAAAAGAGCCAACUUCUUUUCUCUCAUGUUCGUCGUAAUUGGAGUUGUUUCCUUUGUCACCAUGUUUCUACAGGGAUUCUGUUUUGGAAAAUCUGGAGAAGUUCUCACCUUGAAGCUGAGGCUGGGGGCCUUCAAGGCCAUGAUGAGACAGGAUCUUGGGUGGUUUGAUAACCCCAUAAACAGUGUUGGGGCGCUCACUACAAGACUGGCUACAGAUGCAGCCCAAGUUCAGGGGGCCUCAGGUGUACGCCUGGCGACAUUCGCCCAGAACUUUGCCAACCUCGGCACCGGUGUGAUCCUGGCGUUUGUGUACGGCUGGGAGCUGACUCUGCUGAUUCUGGCCGUGGUGCCUGUCAUUGCUCUGGCCGGAGCCGUGCAGAUGAAAAUGCUCACCGGGCACGCAGCGGAAGACAAGAAGGAGCUCGAGAAGGCUGGAAAGAUUGCAACAGAGGCUAUAGAAAACAUACGCACCGUUGCCUCUCUCACAAGAGAACCAAAGUUUGAGUCCUUGUAUCAGGAAAAUCUGGUAGUUCCCUAUAAGAACUCCCAGAAAAAGGCCCAUGUGUACGGCUUUACCUUCUCCUUCUCCCAGGCUAUGAUCUACUUUGCCUAUGCAGCUUGUUUCCGUUUUGGAGCCUGGCUCAUCAUUGAAGGAAGGAUGGAUGUGGAGGGAGUAUUCCUUGUGAUUUCUGCCGUUCUGUUCGGAGCCAUGGCGGUCGGAGAAGCCAACUCCUUUGCUCCAAACUACGCCAAGGCCAAAAUGUCUGCUUCCCACCUCCUGAUGCUCUUGAACAAAGAGCCAGAGAUCGACAACCUUUCAGAGCAGGGAGAGUCACCGGAUACAUUUGAGGGUAACGUGACCUUCGAUAAGGUGAAGUUUAACUAUCCUACAAGGCCAGACGUGCCCGUCCUACAAGGCCUGAAUCUGAGUGUGAAGAAAGGAGAGACUCUGGCCCUUGUUGGGAGCAGCGGCUGUGGAAAGAGCACCACCAUCCAGCUGCUGGAGAGGUUCUACGACCCCAGAGAGGGCCGAGUGGUGAUGGACAGCAUUGAUGUGAAACAGCUGAACAUCCACUGGCUCAGAUCUCAGAUUGGCAUCGUGUCCCAGGAACCGGUGCUCUUCGACUGCACUCUGGCGGAAAACAUCGCCUAUGGCGACAACAGCCGCAAGGUGACCAUAGAGGAGAUUGAGGCAGCCGCCAAAUCUGCCAACAUUCACAGCUUUAUAGAUGAAUUGCCUCAGAAAUACAACACUCAGGCGGGCGAUAAGGGAACGCAGUUGUCUGGUGGUCAGAAGCAGCGAAUAGCCAUCGCCAGGGCCAUCCUCCGCAACCCUAAAGUGUUGCUGCUGGAUGAGGCUACCUCUGCUUUGGACACAGAGAGUGAGAAGGUGGUGCAGGACGCCCUGGACCAGGCCAGCAAAGGCAGAACGUGCAUCAUCGUGGCGCACCGUCUGUCUACCAUCCGGAACGCCGACCGCAUUGCCGUCUUCCAGGGAGGCGUGGUGGUUGAACAGGGGACGCAUCAGCAGCUGCUAGCAAAGAAGGGAGUCUACCAUAUGCUGGUCACUACACAGCUGGGCCACGGGACAGAGUGAGGGGACGGUGGGAGUCACUAUUUGUCCUGCUGAGGGAUUUAAAGGAACUUAGAGGAGCACUUUCUGCCUUCUUUUAGGUUGUUUUACAUUAAGGCACUUUCACUGAUUUAUGCUCAAUGAUUUCAGUGAAACAACUGGGACUGAAAAAGAUGGCUAUGCCUCGUUAGUUACACUGUUUUAAGUUUAACUGCUGUGAUUUGCUGCUGUCACCUUAUAAAACUUUUUGAAAACAAAAAUAUUUUCCUUGAGAAAGUAGAAAAACUGGAUUGUAUUUGUCCGUUUCUUAGAAUAAAUGUUGAAGACUCACAUUUCAUUUUCUUUUAAGCAUGACAUCAGUUUAUCUAUCAGAUUAACUAAAAUGGUGCUCAUAAAACAACUAUGAUUGAUCUGAUUCAAUAAACUUGUGAAAUUAUAGAUUUAAAGCAAAUUUUAUUUGCAAUAAAUGUCCAGAUUUGGUUUAAAUCUGGUCUUUAUCAUAGAUCCCCUAACUCUCAUAUGAUUAGCUUUAUUUUUUAUGUCAAAUCUACCAUUUGCUUUAAUGUAAGCCUCAUACCUCUAUGCUUACCUGCAAACUGUGGCACAUUUUUAAACUGUUAAGAUAUUGAUCACCUCGCACUCCUCUUUACAAAACAAGUCUGACAUAUCAUUUACCAUGUAAAGUUGUGGAUCCCCAAAUUGGGGCUGAGGCCCCUUUUGUGGUUCUUGAGAUGCUCUCCAGACAUCAGAUAUGUAAAAAUGCUUGUUUAUAGCAGAUGUCAUAAUGAAAAGUGUUGGAUCGACAUAACUGACAUAAUUGUGGAGAAAGCAGAAUACAUUAGUCCUUCCUUAAACUUCCACAAUGCCAGCAUCUGUUUACUUCAGCAGUCUUUGUUUAGCAGGUUAAUAGAUUGAGGGACACUCCUGUUUGAAUGCUUUUAAUCUGGUUGACUCAGGUGUCAUAUAAACUGAUCAGAAAAAAAGACUGAAAAUUAUUUUGUUUAAAAAUAAAGUUAAAUAAGAGUAACAGCCAAUAAGAAAUCCUACAUUCUGCACUGAAACUGUUUUGUUCUGUUUGUUUGAAGAUUUAUAUAUUUUUUUGUAAUGCCUAAAUGUGUUAGUUCAUUUAAUGAUGGAUGGAUUGACUUUAUGCAGAUUCUGAUCUCUUGCAUAAAUGCAAUGUGUGACUUGUAAACAGGGAUCACUGAUGCAGAGCUGAUAUUCUGAGGGGAAUGUAUUCUGGUUAUUGAUACUUCAGUAAUAUUUGGGGGGAAUGAGUAAAAAUGAAUUGUGUAAUAAAGAUGUGUAUUCAAGCAUUGAUACCAUUUCUCUUUUUGUGUUUUACUAGCAAAGAAAACAGUCUGAUUCUGAUGUUUGUCACAGCAAAUAAACAUCAGAAUGCAUCUA